AUGAGCCGUAAUGAUCCAGCGUCAAAUAAAAAUGUUUCAAAUAAUCAUGAACCAAAAGAAAAGCGACAGUUUUUACGUCGUGGACAAGGUAUUGCUCGUUUCCAAGCACCUCCCAAACGUCGAGAAAAACGUUCCAAAUCUGUUGAGCCUGUAGAUGAUCGAAAUGAUUUGAAUCAAGAUUCAUUGACACGUUCAAAACGUCCAACAAGUGCAAACAGUGGUAUUAUUGCUAGUAACCGUUUAUCAAAUGUUCAACAGAAACCAAGAUCAGCUUCAACGUCUUCAUCUGGACGACAAACUCCUACACAAGCAAAUCGCAAUUCAACAGUUAAUCAAAAGUCAAAAGCAAAACCUGCUCCAACUACAAAUCGCACUGCAAAAACUCGAUUAGAACAACAACAGCCGGAAAAAUCGGUUCAAUCAGCUCGACAAACACCUUUGCAACCGGCAAUGACAAUUACAAAUCUAUUAGGACAAGUAGAUCUCGAUGAUGACGAUGAAAUAGAUCAAUUUAAUAAAAAGCAAGAAAAAUCGAAGGAACUUGAUGAUGAAAAUGAAAAUACACCAACAAAUCAUUUUAUUAAUCAAGAAUUACGAGCCAUGAUUGAUUCUAAAUGGAAUUCAUCGAAACUCGAUGGGAAAUUUGAUAUGAAUGAUAAACAAAAGAAAACAUUCUUACCCGGAAAUUAUAGAACAACUGAAAGUGCAAUCGAAAUUGAUGAUGAGGAUGAUGAUGAUGAUGAACAACAUCUAGAUGAAGAUGAAGAACAACAACAUGAAAUUCAAAUAACAAGACAACGGACGUCAAGCGUUUCUAGUCAAUCUAAAAUAACUUUUGAUGGCUUUCGAUCACAAUUACAACAAUAUACAAAUCCCAAAAAAACAACUAAUGGCAAAACGUUUAUGCCACAAGAUUUAGAUGAUUUUGAAAAACUUGAACAGUAUGCCGAAGAACAUCCAUCGAUGAUAAGUACAGCAUCAUACGUUGAUCAGAUUGUCUUCAACGAUCACUUACUUCAUAAGGAACAAAAUGCAAAGAAAUCAUCUGCAACAGAUGAACAUUAUCAAUUAACAAAAAGAAACAAUCUGUUUAAUCCACAGAAUGAUUAUAUGGAAAAUGAGAAUGAAGAUAAUGAGCUGACAAAUCGAAUUCGUCAACGGAAAAUAAAACCAUUUAAAAAUAAAAUUGAAACUAUUCCAAUUGAUCGUGAUAGUGACGAUGAUGACAUUGAAAAUGAAAAUGAUGAUUGGGAAUGUGCGGCUGUUAUUCCAAUUAAUGAAAACCGUUUAAAUCAACAGCAACCAUCACUAAAUGAUGACUAUAAUAGUGAUAGUGGUAUUGGUUCACUUCAAAGUAAUUUAAAUAAGAAAAAGCAAAUUUCAACACAUUCAACAAAUUUCGACGAUGAAUCAUCAUGGUUAGAUCGUGAACUAAAAUCGAAAUCAAGUGUCAACGAUAAUAGUAACACUGCUGUUUCACAAUUAAUGAUGAAAACAUUUCCCGGAUUAAGACAACAACAACAACAACAACAACAAAAUAGCCAACAUGAACAAAAUGAAAAAAUACGCGCCUAUGUUGAACAUACUAAUACAAUGAACAAUAAUAGUAAUCAAGAUCUAAAUAGAUUAAUUCGAGAAAAAUCAAUUGAAUUAGAAAAACAAAUUGAAAAUUUUCAACAAGAAAAUAUUAAAUUACAAAAUUUAUGUUUAGAACGAAAUAAUGCUAUUAAAAAACUUAAACAAGAACAAAUUGAGUUUGAUAAAUAUAAACAAGCGGAAAUGGAAAAAUUUCAAUUAUAUAAAGAUGAUGAAAUAAAAAAAUUGAAAAAAGAUAAACGUCUAUUUGAACAAUAUCAACAAACACUCAAAGAACAUCCAGAUAAGCGAGAACGAGAAGAAAUUGAAACAUUAAAAAAACAAGUAUCCGGAUUACAAGACGAAUUAAAAUUACGUGAAACACGAUGGACAGCAGCAAUGAAUCGUUAUAAAGAACGUAUUGAAACGUUAGAAUAUGAUAAUGCUGAAUUGAAACAAGAAAAAGAAAUAAUUGAACGUAAACGUCUGGAUUUAAUGCAAUUGUUACAAAAACAACAACAAGGCGAUAUUGUUGUAAAACCAAGACAACAACCACAAGUAGUAGCAUCAGUAGCAAAUGUUAGUGAUGAUUCAUCACAGCGAAAAUCUCUCAUUGAACAGCAAACAGAUCGAUUAAAAAAAAAGAAUACAAAAGCAAAUGGACAAUUACCUAAAACGGUUGUUAUACGUAAUACAGAGUCUUCAAUAAACCGAACAAAUCCAACUAAAUUUUCAACGAAUGGUCGUCGUACACCGGUCGGUGUAAAUGGAUUAAAAAACAAUGAUUCUACGGUGAUGGCAACAUCGUUAAAUGUGACAUCACAACAACAUCAGCAUCAAAAACGUUCUAUGACACAUAAGAGUAUGCCUCCGACGACAUUUGUCAAUGAACACUCAGUAUCUCCAAAAGAAAGAAGAACGGUUGAUCAAGCUGUUGGAACCCAGUCGGAUGAUGACAACAACGAUGAUAACUUCAAAGAUACUAACAAUGAAAACAUAAAUGUCAAGAAUAAUAUGAAUGAUUUAUUAAAUGCGAAUCAUUCGCUAUUAAAUUCAGAUUAUCCGUUGUUUGAAUCGGAAAAUGAUUUUUUAACAACGACUGAUGUUGAUUAUAUUAAAAUUUUAACAAAGCCAUCGUUAUCAUCUUCUGGUACCAAUAAUGUCAGCAAGCCUCAAUCAAUAUUAGCCAAUAGAAAUCAUCAGAGUACGGAAUAUUCUAACACUUUACAAGAGCAACGUUCACAACAAAAUACUAGUCCCUAUUUAUCGUCGAUUUCAUCCUCUUCGACGAUAAAUCAGAAAAAACUCCUUAGUUUAUCGAAUAAUACCGUUCCACGUGUUCAGUUCCAGACAUCUAAAAUCCAACAACAACAGCAACAAGCACAACCACAACCACAACAAAAAACGAUAUCAUUCAACGAAAAGCAUAGAAAACAGACGACUGAAAAUCCACCUGAUGAUGAUAUAAUUGAAGAAAUUCAUCACAAUGAUGGACGUGUUGAACGUAUUAAGUCAGAUUUAUCUAAACAAAUUUUAUUUCCAAAUGGUUCAAAACAAGAGAUAAGUGGGGACGGUAAACAAAUGAUUGUUCAAUUUUAUAAUGGUGAUCGUAAGGAAAAAUUAGCAGAUGGUCGAAUUAUCUAUAAAUAUUCAAGUACAAAUACAAUUGAAACAGAGUAUCCUAAUGGUAUACGUGUCUAUCAAUUUUGUAAUACAAAUACAAUCGAGACAUUAUAUCCAGAUGGGACACGUAUUAUUAAUUCUGCAAAAUAA